AUGAGCUCCUACUUCGUCAACCCCCUGUUCUCCAAAUACAAAGGCGGCGAGUCCCUGGAACCGGCCUAUUACGACUGCCGGUUCCCUCAGAGCGUGGGCAGGAGCCAUGCGCUGGUGUACGGGCCCGGCGGCUCGGCGCCCGGCUUCCAGCACGCCUCGCACCACGUCCAAGACUUCUUCCACCACGGCACCUCGGGCAUCUCCAACUCGGGCUACCAGCAGAACCCGUGCUCGCUGAGCUGCCACGGAGACGCCUCCAAAUUCUAUGGCUACGAGGCGCUCCCCAGACAGUCCCUUUAUGGGGCUCAGCAAGAGGCGAGCGUGGUGCAAUAUCCCGACUGUAAAUCCUCCGCCAACACUAACAGUAGCGAAGGACAAGGCCACUUAAAUCAAAACUCGUCUCCCAGCCUCAUGUUUCCAUGGAUGAGACCCCACGCUCCCGGGCGGCGCAGCGGACGGCAAACUUACAGCCGGUAUCAGACCUUGGAACUAGAAAAGGAGUUUCUCUUUAAUCCUUAUUUGACACGGAAGCGCCGGAUUGAGGUCUCUCACGCCCUGGGACUGACUGAGAGACAAGUGAAGAUCUGGUUUCAGAAUCGAAGGAUGAAGUGGAAAAAGGAGAACAACAAGGAUAAACUUCCCGGAGCCCGAGAUGAGGAGAAAGCAGAGGAAGAAGGGAAUGAGGAAGAGGAGAAAGAAGAGGAGGAAAAGGAAGAAAACAAGGACUAAGCAAAAAAAGAGAGAUUCCCCCCCCCUUUUAGCAACUCCCUUGAAGUUUGGUUUUAUGGUAGCAGAUAAAUUGAGAAGUUUACGACUGUCAUUUGCUUUUAUAGAGAAUAGAAUGACACUCACAACUCUAACUACCUGUCAGAUACUUGCAGCUCUGGUUUUAUCACCUUUGGACUUCCCCCUGCUCUUUAUUUGUCUGGGGGCUGGAGGGGGGAGACGGAGACACAGCAAAAAGGAAAAGUUUGGACUCUGUCUCAGUCCUUGCCCCCAACACACACUUGCCCCUACCCCCACCCUUGCUCGUCCUUUCUGGAUUUUAAGGUCUGAGAUCUGGCCUUCUCUCCCCCUCUCUCAUCCCCUUCUUGCCACACUCCCACCUCCCUCUUUCUCUGGUAUUUGUUUUAGAGGGGAACCCCCUCAAAAUGCGGAAGAGCACUCGUGGCUUUGUAUCUAUGCUGAGCCCGAGUAUCCAUGCUAGGACUAGCUUAUUAAAUUUACUUUUUUGAAAAGGAAAGAAAAAGAAAGAAGAAAGGAAAUAUUACAGAGAAAUUAAAUGAUAGCAAGAAAUACACCCACCUCCACGGGGCUCCCCACUUAGAAUGACCUCUUUGGCUUUUUCUAGGAACCUGGUGGAAACCUGAAGAUGUGGGUCUCCCCUUCCCCCUUUCUAAGGGGGUAGAUAAGAGCCCGCCUGCAGUCGCCUAUCAAAAUCUACCUAGCCAUCCCUUGGUCACUGGGGCCCAAGCCUUCCUCUUUUUCGCUGUCUGAUUUCUGUUCUGUUGGGCCCGGCUUCCUCUGAGCUGCAUUAGUGCUAGUGCUCAGAAAUCGCCAUAAUCAUGAAAAUAGUAAUGGUAAUAAUAAUACUGAUAAUAAAUCUUUAACGUACUACCUAAAGGGAACCUGCAAUAAUCUUGAAAAGAAAAAAAAAUGAGAGAGAAAAAAAAUCCUGAUACAGGAGGAAAAAAAAAAAGAGAAAAAAUAAAAAUUAAAAAAAAAGAAAGAAACCUGCAACGUAUUUUAUCAGUACCUAUAGAAAAAAUCCUGCUUUGAAAGUAUUCGUAAUGCAGUUUUGUUGUCGUUUGUUGCUGCUUAUUUCGCUAAGAAAAACCCAACAACUGAGACUGCCUAGCCCGCCGAUCCUGUGCGAUUUUAUUGUGCUUCUAACCCCAGUAGAGUAGAACUAAAUUGCACUGAAUGUAUAGUUAACUCUGUCUUGAAUUCUCUGUUUAUGCAAUGUGCUCGAAAGAAAAAAAAACGUUAAAAAUAUAUCUAUAAUAAUAAUUUUUGGUCAUUUGUCUCUAUGUCCAGCUAUGAAUGUAGAUUUUGUGUCCCAACAGCUCUGUUCCUGGUCCAAGUACUUUGUAUUGUAUAUGUGAGUCAUAAUAAAAAAAAAAAAAGAGAGUGAGAAAAAAUAUUUGAAGCUGAAAUGACUUGCCUUCUCUCCAUCACCCACCUGUCUCUACCCCUUGCCCUUGCUCUGUAUCCCCCUUUUCCAAUCUGGAAAAGGCCCCCUCCACUGGUCUGACAUUGAGGUGGGGGGAACUCACAUGGAGAGGGGCUUGAGGGUUGGGAUGGCAGGUUGGACUGGGAGGGCAGGUGAAAAGGAGGGGGAGGGGGAGGAAGAGGAGGAAAAGGAGAUUUCCUCCAGUGCUGGGGAGAGGAGGGGUAUUUCAAUAUAUUCUUGGGGGAACCUCAGCUCCAAACAAACUGGGUUUCCCAAUGGCAGGACCCCAAUGAGAAGACACACAUUUACUCCCCUCCUCCUCAACCUUGGGCUGGGCCCAGACAAAGAAUCUGCCCCAUGCCCUCCCAAAAGCUAGGCCUUUUUCUUCCAGGGGCUGAGGGUGAGGCCUUUAUGAUCUCCAAGGCCCCCAUGGUCAGCCUCUUGGCACGCAGCACCUAGCACUAGAACAGUGAGCAGUGUGGGGGGAAGUGUGAGGCUUGAGGCAGCUGCCCCAACUGGAGGGUUUGGCAGGAAGAUGCCUAAAGGUGGGGUGGGAGAUCCUAAGGGUGGGAAUGAGGAGACCUUAUGACUGGGGGAGAAGAGAGAAUGGGAAAGUGAAUGAGUUGGUGAACUAGCUAGCCUGGGUUCACAUCCUGAAACUUGACUGGCAUGGAGCCAUCACUGUCACCUAGCCAGAAUGUCCACUGCGGCCCCUAUUCCUGCUGUUUUAAGCCUGCUCCUGGCUUUGCCUUGGCAAUUGAGUAGCCUGCCCUGCCCCCAUAGUUCUGGCCAUUGGCCUGGGGGGGGGGAUGGGCCUGCUGAGUGGACAAUCCCCCAACCACAGCAGAGUAGGGGGAGUCUCCAUUCGACUCCUCAUUCCCCAAAAUAAAUGGUUGAAGGCUCAGGAACCCAGGGGCAAAGAGGUCUCUCACUUCUCUCUGGAGAGUCCCAGACAGAGAACUCUGUUUAUGCCAGUAAGAUUCUGGUCAAAUAAUCCCAAAUUCCAGAGAUACAAGUCGUGUGACUCAGCCAAGGGUAAGAAGAGCGUAGGCGAUCUUCUGGUCUUAAAAACCAGACUCCCAAAGACUGAAAUAUUUUUGAGGCCAGAUUUUUUUCUUUCCCUUUUUCUCUCCCCUGGUCGGUGAUUUUCCCAGACCAAGGCCCAGACGGACUCUUGUUUUGUGUAAUUUCACCCGGGACCGGUUGCAGGCUCCCACGCAUAAGUGGUCCUGAGCACGAUUGGGUCAGGCGCCGUUGAUAGGGGGACUCCUGCCAUCCCCGGGAGGCUGCGGAUUGGAAGCACAGUCUGCGGGCAGCCAGGGACAGCUUUGAGCAGGAGCUCCCGGGCAAUCUUUCCGAACCUGGGGUCCCUGUUGCGAGCGCGUCACCAGUCAGGUAACCCCCCACCCCCCGCCCCACCGCUUGCUAUGGGAGACACCCGCUUGCUGUGGGAGACACCAGCUAUCCGCCGGAGAGGCCCGAAUAGAGAGCAUUUUGCUCUGGUCCCAGGCCUUUCCACGGGCGUCGCCUCCAGACUCCGGGGGCCCGCUGAGGGUUGUUUCAUUUUUUAAAUGUGGAAUUAUGAUUGCUGUUAAUAAAAAUCUCUGCUCUAGUAGCCUAGAGGAGUGAACCCUGCAUUAAGUGGCUCCAAUGGGCCUCGCCGCUUUUUUC